AUGGUUCCCACGCCCCUCUCUUUCCAUCUCCACAUCGUCCUUGACGACGUGCUCGCUAUCCCGCUCAUUCCUCUCCCAACUCUAGCCGAUCUUUUGGAGCUACAAGGUAUGUUGCUGUCCUUAUGCCUCCUGACGCCUCUAACGCCUCCAACGCCUCUCUCUUUCACGCCCUGCAUCGUCCUCGACAAUGUGCUCGCUACCACAGUCAUUCCUGGCCCAGCUCUACCCGCUCCUUUUGAUUGCUCCAACCUCGUGUUGAUCGGUCUUUGCUGGCGCUUGCUUUUACUCUCCAUGCGACGUGUCCUUGCCCAGGUCCCGCGCUACCAUGAUCACCGCGCUACCACGAUCACCACGCUACCAUGA